CUGUGCUCUACUGACGGGUACUGAAGACAGCAGGGCAGAAUGAUCUGAUAUACAUCUUGAAUAUAUUGUUGAAACUGUACAGUCAAAUCCUACGUGUGCAAAUUAUCUGGAAAUGCAAAUUGAAGCCAUGAAAGACAGAGGGAAGUCCAGGACGAGGACACAAGAGACCAGUCAGAACAGUUCUGAGAACAGCCUGACAGACAUCCUCAGUGUCCGGUGUGCCAGUGAUAUUGUCCUACAGCCAAUGCCGCCAGGGAGAAAGAAUAGCCGAUCCCACUUCCACAACAUGGAUGUGACUAAAGAGAGGGCUGACAUGGGAAGGCUUCCAAUGGCCAUUCCACCCAUCAGGCUCCCAAUGCUCACUGUGACCUCUCUCAAUGCCCAAAGGAACAAAAACACCCUCAAGGUGCCUCGCAUGCCUCGUCUGCAGCUGGAGGGACAGAUGGGUAGCGAGCGUCUGGGUCAGGUUAAAACCAAAACCGGAGGGAGCACAUUUACCUCCAGCCCCAAGAAGGAGCCAGAUGUUAAAUCCAGCAGACCACAGACAUCAGGAAGCAUCCCUAGGAGCCCCAAAAUAUGCUCCACUGCAGCCAAGGCAGUAGCUCCUUUAUCUGGGACUCCAUGCAGCCAGUCUGAGGUCAGGAUCCAGGCCAAUCCUCUCCAGAGGUCUAUCAUCCAGGACCAAAGGCCCCGCUCUCCUCCUGCUCAGGCCAGACGGUCUCUGUCCGACGGCAGACUCUUGCAGCGGCUAUGUUCUCCUGUGGAUGUCCUCCAGCCGGAGGUCCAGGCCAGCAGAAGCCUGGCUCGACCCAAGACCGGGAUAGGUAGGACAACAAGACAUACUGAUGGCAGCACUCUGAGGUUCCCUAACCAGACCUUAGAUCUUAUAAACUCCAUGGAUGGGAGGGAGAGCACCAAUUCCUUCCAUGUGCUGCCAACCAUUGCAUUGUCAGCCUCCCCUGCCCAGAUGGCCAUCCCAUUGCCUACCCCAAUGGUCAGCUAUGUACCUGACCUUCUGGUGCCUACUCCAUCUGCUUCUCCGGUUCCUUCCAGCCGAGUGCCUGCCCCUGUGACAGGUUAA